AUGCCGGCAUCAAAAGGAUCGGUUACGGCGGUAUCAGAUGCAUUACUGCCGUAUCGCCGCCCUCGCCGCCGACCGGCUCAUCUGCGCACUAAGAGUGGCUGUCUAACUUGGUUUCAAGCUUGUACACCAAUGCGAUCAAAUAUUAUCGCUGGAGACACCGUGCUGAUUUUUGUCAAGGUCCGGACCUGCCUCAACUGCGCCAGGCAAAGGCUGGAAUGCAUCUGGCAGUCCGACCGGCGACAUUGUGUUUCUGGCAAUUCAUGUGGUCGCGAGUCUGGAGAAGCGACACCGCGGGUCUCGAACAUAGCUGAUAUUGACACUGGGCUGGAUGUGGUUGAAUCGCGCUCCGACACCAAAACCCAGCUGUCUGUCUCUGACUUGAUCUCUUCUACACAAUGGCAAGCAUUAUCGUCUUUGUCCCAAACUGGCUCCAUUGAUCUCGGUGCUGAGCAGAGAUACUUCGCUACCUUUGGAUAUUCCUCUGCUAUCAUGCCUGGCAGUUCUCUUCUGUUCGACUUCCUCAGGGCACGAUUUCUCCCGCAACUUAUUCGGCCCGCUGCUACUUGUCGCGUCAUUGAUUUAUUUAGCAGGGAGUCGUUGGCUAUGGCCAUGAAGACACCGGCUUGCAUGCACGCACUCCUUGCGUGUUGCGGGGCGGAGAUUCCUACAAAAACGCCUCGGUUUCGAAAUUUGGCAAAAUUCCAUUAUACCCAGGCUGUCAAAGAGCUUCGGAAAGACUUGGAGAGGGAUAACAUUAAGAACCAAUGGCUGAGAUCUAGACCACGAGGCUCAGCAGGAGUCGAAGUCCAUCUGACUGGUGCAGCUCAGUUAAUCCAGCUUGCGUCUAGUUAUUGCAGAAUAAACCAUGAUAGCUCGGAGAUCGAACAAGCCAUGCACCGUCUCGUCUAUGAAGCCUUUAUCUUCCAUGUUGCCACCAGCCUUCCCUUCCAGUAUCAUACCACGUACCCAGGCGAGGUUGAUCUAGCCUUGGCACUAGCGGAGGAUAAUCUUGGGCGGCAUUUCAACUCUCCCUUUCCGUGUUAUCCAGACUCCCCAGUGCUUGGGGCUCCACCUCAACUCUUUCGGUGCAUAUAUACUAUUUAUCGCCUCUAUCAAGAUAGUUCUCGCAAAGAGAUUGAUCAUGAUAUUUUUCAAAAACUCGAAAACGAUCUACCGCAGUGGGAUCAACCAACAGCAGCGCCAAAUGCCUGUGAGCACGACGGCAUGGAGGACAACCUCGAUGAGUGUGACCUGGGACCCUGGCAUCAAAUGGUACGGAAAAGCAAAACCGCUGUGAUCGGACCCCAACUGUACCAUUUGGGCUGUCGGAUCCUGCUCCAGCGUAUGGCCUGCAGUAACAACAGGAGAGCUCACUCAACCAUCGGCCAGCUAAUUCAAGAAGGAAUGGACGCUGUACAGCAGCUGCAGCCAGAUAUCGACUACUUUGCCGAAUACUAUUGUUGGCCAUUUUAUGUGCUAGGAAUUAGCCUGCAGCAGCCUAUAGAUCGGGGGUGCCUCAUGGCUCAAAUCCUGGCCUUUUCCGAAGCAACCAACAACGGCACGAUGAGACGGCUAUCUGAGAUACUGCGCAUUUAUUGGAAGAGCUCUCGAUUAUCCCUGCCUGAUUGA